AGCUUUCUUUGUUCUAUCUGUCUUUCCUCCAAUAUGAAUGUCCUUGGUUACGGUAUUGGCGAGAUCGCGAUAAUUGUUGCUAAUUUCACCUGUAAUGUGGCAUUGGUGAAUUCUGUGAAAUACAUCCAGUAUACGUUACAUUACCCUUAUCCACUGCUUAUAAGUGCGGUCCAUAUGGUAUUCUCUUGGUUGGCUUGUGGGGUAUAUGUUAAAUUUAAUGUACCAGCAUUGAGGGAAUAUACAUUAAAACGAUAUAUGGUAGAAGUAUUUCCAGUAGCAGCCAUGGCUAGUGCUAGUAUUGGUUGUGGCAAUAUGGCACUAAAAUAUAUAUUCCCAUCAUUCCACGAGUUAUUACAACAGACCAGCCCGGCGGCCCAAGUGUUGGUAUGUGUAUUAAUUUACCACCAACGUUAUAAUCUGCCAACCUACUUGUCGAUGAUACCGAUUUGUGGUGGCGCUAUUAUGUGUUCUGGUGGGGAGGUUAACUUCAACGUUAUUGGCGUUACCUUCUCUAUUGGGGCUGUACUCACACGUGCACUGAAGAACACCAUGCAGUCACGACUGAUGACUACGUCGUUCACCAACAUUGAGUUAUUAUAUGUCUUAGCUCCUGCCAAUCUGUUCUUCUUCUUAAGUGGUUCCUUCCUUUUUGAAGGGGUGUUGGCGCCCACCAGAGAGCUCAUAUCAAUGCCUACUGCACUGUUCGCGGUGGUGUUCUCAGCUCUGCUGGCAUGCACGUAUAAUCUGUUGGCAUUCAAAAUGCUGCAGGUGUUAUCACCAGUGGGGGCUAUGGUUGUUCAUACGUUGAAAACGCCGGCGACUUUGAUGGUCUCGACUGUGUUGUUUGGCAACAAGGUUGGCAUCUCGCAGAUAAUAGGAUUUGUUAUCAUUACAGCUGGUGUAUAUUACUACAAGAAUUAUGGUAAGGAAGUGAAACCAGAAGACUAUCAGAAAAUUGAUCCGAAGAACGGGGGCGAUCCGGAAGAAUUCGAUUUAGAGUUGGCUGAUCGCCCUGCCUCUCCUCGGUUGUAGGAAGUCAUCGUGAGAAGAACUUGAGCUGUGUAGAUAGAUUCGUUGAGUAAUUUCGGAGGGCGAGCAUGGUUGUCGCAAGGUUGCGCACGCGUGCUGAGUUCUAAGUCCCCUAGAGAGUUCGGCACUGUUGCUUCUACCAAUAACAUUUCUCUGUCG